AUGGGCCACAAAAUGGCAGCCUUUCGGAGCCACAUCAAGAACUUGGUCACCAUCCAUUUCGUCAAUACCGAGGCCCUGGUCCCGGCCAGAGGGAUGGUCCCGAUGUUGAUCAACUGCAUCCAGACCAGCAAGAACAAGAAGUCCGUCGCAGACUGCCUGGAGCUCCUCAUUGGAGUCCUCACCCAGCACCAGGGUACGGUGACCACUGGAAGGGCUGUGAAGGACGUUGGUAGAGUACUCAUGUCUCUGUAUAAUGACAAGGACGCUGCUGUACGGGAGCUCGCGCAGACUGCUAUCGGCCACUUCGUUAGAAGUACUGGUACUGAGGAGACCAUACCUAGGCUGAGGGAGAUCCUUAUGGAGCCUGGUGGGUUCUGGUGUAUGGGGCCUGGAAGAGGUGUCCGUGGUCAUCUGUAG